AUGCUGCCUCAGCCUUCCAGCCCAACGUCUCUUCCUUCGUCACAUCCUGGAAAUAGUCAACCAAUCGAGCUAAACCAGGACACGGAGAAUCAUCUUGAGCCUAAUGCGAUCCAUACGAACAUACCGACAAGCACUCCACCCAAGAAAAUGUUGAAGCUGAGCACUGGCGGUACUCUCAUUUCUCCUUCGUCCAAACCGUUGCCAGUUAAGGAAGACGCUCAAGUCAAGAAGCCCACAAAGCGAGGAAGACCCAAGAAAGAGAAGCAGAAGCUACUAGUAGUGAUGCAUUAUACUGCCAAUCAUACAUUGGGACAUCAGAUUACACGUAUAAUGGAUGGAUCCGAGACCUUCAAACUAUCGAAACCUGCUCCGAUGGCUCCGCCACCCAAGCCCAAGGCCACAAAGGUCGAUCCCUCCAAACCCGCACACCCUUUCUUUUCCGGAAAACCAAAACACGCCAUUUCAACUUCCGCCGCUUCCGUCAAAAAAGGUCCAGGGGAUCCCAAGGUCAGCCACAUUCUCAGCCCACGUAGACCUUCUGCUGUGACUCCUGGCAAACUACGGGCACAAGCUCGAGGAAAUGGUUCGAAAAAUAUGGACAAUCCAUCCGAUUUCCCUCAAUUCGGUGCCAACAAGGACAGAAACAUCAUCAAGCAGCCAGGCAUGGUUGAAGCUCCCUUCCCGCCGAAAGGCCAUGCCCAUAUUCGUGGAGACUUUUACUACCACACGAGUCGACCGCUGAAAGAUACUUCCACUGUUGUGCCUCGCUCCACACGCAAGAUGAAGUACAAGAUACCACUUCUAGAUCCUUCCGAGAGUAGUCUGACUCGUGUUGAGGGCGAUCUUGACUUUCGUCAAAAAGACAUGCCGAGAUCUGAUGGCUUUUACGAUCCUCCAUCUUCGCUACGUGUUCCGUCUCGCCAUCUCGUUCCUGGUUUACGUGCUCAAAACUGGAUCAGCAGCCAACUCCAUGCUCGACCGCCCACGGAUGAACUUCAAUCUGUACCUGGGUAUCCUCGCAAUUUUGUUCAUCCAGCAUGCGAAAGUCUCUACCUUGGACUACCAUCAGUGCUCACAUCGUAUGACCAUGGACGGUCAGAAGUGCAGGCCUGGGCUCAGAAAUACGCGCCUCAGUGUGCAAGUCAGGUCUUGCAUUUAGGGAGGGAGGCGACGUAUCUGAGAGAGUGGAUGAAGGCCCUCACCGUCAACACAGUUGAGACAGCUGGGUCACAACUACCCAAGAACGACAAAUCGAAUCGCGAAAAAGGUCCGAAGAAGAAACGCCGCAAGAAGGCCGCUGGAUUAGAUGAUUUCAUCGUUAACGACGACGAUAUCUACAAUGAUCCAGACGAACUCAUGGGACUGGAUGACCCCUCGCUGUUGCGUCCAGGACAAAUUCCGUCUCUAGUACGAAACACUGAUUUCAAAAUCCAGUCCAACCGCUCAAAAAUUGCCAAUGCAGUCAUCGUCAGCGGCCCACCUGGCUGUGGAAAAACUGCCAUGAUUCAUGCUGUAGCGAAAGAAUUGGGCUUCGAGAUAUUCGAGAUUAACCCCGGUUCACGUAGAAGCGGUAAAGACGUGCUCGACAGAAUUGGAGAUAUGGUAGAGAACCACUUGGUGCAGAAUCGAUCUCUCGAUACUGGCAACACGUCUGCUGACGAAGACGCUGGCCGUCUCUCUGACGCCUUUAACAAAGACCUCGAAUCUGGCAGGCAAGGUACCAUGAAAUCUUUCUUCACAUCCAAACCGAAAUCAGCCGCCCAACCAAAGAAGGAGAGCAAACCAAAAGUCAGUGUCGAACAAGUACAAAAAGUCUUAUCGUCUUCGAAGCCAUCACGAGGACAGAAACAAUCACUGAUCCUACUUGAGGAAGUCGAUAUCAUGUUCGAGGAAGACAAGAACUUCUGGACCACUAUCUUCACUCUGCUCGAGAAUUCGAAACGUCCUGUCAUCAUGACCUGCAACGAUGAAGAUCUCGUACCUCUUCAAGCCAUCACAUGUCAAGCGUUUCUUCGACUGUCUACUCCACCUGCAGACAUCGCCAUAGACUACAUGCUUUUGAUGGCGGCUCAAGAGGGCCAUCUGCUAUACCGGAACGCAGUGUCGACACUUUACAAUGCGAAGCAUCAUGAUCUACGCGCGAGUAUUGCCGAGUUGCAACUGUGGUGUCAAAUGGGAGUUGGUGACCCUCGAGGUGGACUAAGCUGGAUCUUUCCUAGGUGGCCAGCUGGUAGUGGUCUCGAUGAACAUGGUCAGCCCAUCAGAGUGUUCAGUGAGAAGACCUAUCAAGCAGGUAUGGGAUUUGUUGCCCAUGAGUCAACAUCCUCCUUGGAAGGUUCACAGAAUGAUGAACUGCUCAAGGAGACUUGGGAGCGCUGGAACGUCGACCCGCGUGAAGAGUUGUUUACUGGCGUCACAAGCACAGCUUCAGCCUCGGAACAGACAAAUCCUCAGUCGCAAAUAGCUGCGUUGAAGCAAUAUUCGGACUUUUCUGACAGCAUUAGUGACAUGGACGUCUCCUGCCAAAUUGGUCUGCCUGGUAGAGAAUACCAUAAAACAGAUGCCGCCCAGCCCGAGCUACUACCAAAGACUCGCGCGAGCUAUAUCAACGGCAUGGCACUCCUCCAGACACCGGAAGUUGUCGACUACAGUAACCUCGACACCCAGCUAGCAGUGGCUAGUUCGCGCCUUGUACGCAGCGUCUUCUCCGAUCUGGUGAGCCCUCCCGCGUCAAGUGUUGUAGGGCGGGUGGUUGAAACACACUCUCCAAGCAACAAGUCAUCUCCCCUUACUCGCGCAGAUAUCUCGAAUGCCUUCGAUACAAUAGCCACUAUGAUGACCACUCCUACUCCCGGUCCACCCAGUUUGGCCUACUCAGUAUUCGAUGGCCCGCUCAAAACCGUAGUCACAGAUGUCGCACCGUAUGUCCGCAGCAUUGCCGCUUUUGACCUCGCUUUAGAAGCACGCAGGGGCAUGCUACAGGGUAGCAGUCAAGGAUCGACAGGCGGCGGUGGUGCCGGAAGCAAACGAUCUCGAACGACUCGAGCUGCUCGUAGUGCAUUGGAGGGCGGACAACGCAAAUUAACCCGUAGAGAGCGCUGGUUCGACCCAGCUUUCGAUCUCAAUCUUGCUUUGCGGACUGCUGGCGACUGGCCUCGUGUGGAAGGUGAUAUUGCAGAAGCUCGGCUGCACAGUCCUGGCUUCGAUGGCUUCAUACAAAUGGGCUAG